AUGGCUAAUUCGCCUUCCGUUGAAUUAUUCCCACCGCCGGGGGCGGCUGGAGUUUCCAGUCAAAACCCAAAUAAGACUAACGAAGAAGAAGAACAAAAAAGUAGCAGAAAAUGGAGCAAAAGAAAGUACACCCUCCUUGUAGUACUGAAUUACGCGCUGCUCUUCUCGGGCUCGAUAUCAUCGACCCUGAUUUCGAAAUACUAUUUCAUCCACAAGGGGUCAAGCAAAUGGGUGUCCACAUUUGUCCAGUCUGCGGGGUUUCCUCUUCUGCUGGCACCCAUUUAUCUCCCUUUCAUCCUCGGGUGCAUUAAGAGGCGGCCCUUUACUGGGCUGACCCGGCGCCUGCUGCUGCUGUCAGCUGGCGUGGGGCUUUUAUUGGGAGUCAACAAUUUACUCUUUUCCUUGGGGAAUUCCUACUUGCCCGUUUCUACCUUCUCUCUCCUUCUCUCCUCACAAUUAGCCUUCAAUCUCAUUCUCUCCUUCCUCAUAGUAAACCAGAAGCUCAAUUUUCUCAACCUAAAUUGUGUUGUGCUGUUGACUAUGAGCUCCGUCCUGUUGGCCCUUAGCUCCAACAAGGACAGGCCGCCCGGAGAGCAUUUAUGGGUGGGGUUUUUUUCGACCCUUGGCGCGGGGCUUUUGUUUGCCCUGUACCUGCCAGUGAUGGAGGUCAUCUACCGGCAGGUCGAUUGCUACGGCAUGGUGGUGGAGAUGCAGCUGGUGAUGGAGGUGGUGGCCACGGCGUUCGCGGGGGCUGGGAUGUGGGCGGGCGGUGGGUUCGCGGACAUGAGGGUGGAGAGCAGGGGCGGGUUCGAUGAGGGGCCGACGGUGUACUGGGUGACGAUCGGCGGGAAUAUAGUUGUGUGGCAGUUGUGCUUCGUGGGGACGGCCGGGAUGGUAUUCCUGACGACGUCACUCACUGGGGGGAUCUGCAUGACGGGGCUCAUGGCCGCAAAUGUGGUGGGAGGGGUGGUGGUUUACGGGGACGAGUUUGGUGGGGUCAAGGCUGUGGCGGCACUCGUCUGCGUCUGGGGCUUCUCUUCCUAUCUCUACGGGAUAUGUGUGAAAAAGUUUGAAUUGUGCAUAGCGGAUUUUGGGAUGAGAAUGUUCAUAAAAAUGGACAGGCAGAGAUGA